AUGGAUGACAUACGAGCUGAACUACGAAAAAUACCUCCCGUAACGAGGUUUAUGGUAUUGUCUAGUACCGCCGUAUCUCUUCCGGUCAUGAUGCAUAUGCUAUCAGGCUACAAAGUAGUAUACGCGGCAAAGUACGUAUUUGGACAGGGCCAGAUAUGGAGAUUAUGGACCUCAUGGUUCUUAGGACCAAGCGGUUUGCCUUUUAUAUUCGACAUGUUGAUGCUUUAUCGCGCAUCUAAAGAGCUCGAGGAAGUCUUGUUUGGCGGGCAUUCAGCUGACUAUGCCUGGCAUCUACUUGUAUCAGGUGUCGCCAUCAUGGGACUCAACGUUCCUCUCCGAACGCUGAUUUUCUUCCGUCCCUUAUUGCACUUGUUGGUUUACCGUGCAGCACGGUCUAACCCGGAAGCUCAAGUUUCUCUAUUCGGGCUUAUCUCUGUCAAAAAUAUAUAUUUUCCCUUUGUGAUGCUCGGCAUGGAUCUGAUAAACGGCGGUCCUCCAGCUCUCCUUCAGUCCCUCACUGGCGUCAUUGCCUCACAUAUUUGGUUCAUGCUCUUCCCCGAUCCUAGUGAAUUGCGGUCCGUUCCAGCCACCUCGUCGGGCGUUCAAUCUUACGGCGGCUCCUCUACAUACACUCUUUCUGGGGGCGGGAGAGCUACAUCAACUGCAGCCGCAAGGUUAAGUGCACCCGGGUGGAGGAAGUAUGCUGUGGCGCCAGGCUGGGUUCGUUGGUUGGUUGGAGGAAUACACGAGCAAGGGGGUACUGAGACCCGGUCAUGGGGAACCGCAGUUGUUCCUCCCCGCGCUGGAGCCGAACAAGGCGCCAAAAGUACUGGUCAUAACUGGGGCAGCGGCCAACGGUUGGGCAGUGAAUGA